CAGUACAGGGCUGUUGGCUUUCUGCUUCUCCCUUUCACGUUUCUUGCUUCGCUCCUAAGGAGCUCGCCAUGUUUUUGAGCCUCCUCGCCGUCAUUCCCUUCGUUCUCGGCGCGUCUGUUGCUGCUCAAUCCACUCCUGCUGUUGUUUGCAUUGCUGGUCAAUGCCUUCAGGGGUACACGAACAUCACGACUGGAGCGACGCUGUCUGCUCAAGGACUGCCAGCAAGUAUACGACUCCUGCCAGGACAGUACACAUCCAACACAAGUCCGCAACUACUCCAUGUCGCUCUCACCUCAUCCUCGCCCUCGCUUUCGCUGUCGCCUGGCUUCGCAAACGGAAACUCGACUUCGCUUUCCCUGCCACUCAACCUUGCUCUACAGCCGGGCAUAGCAACGUAUCCGCAAGCGAACUACUCAGGUCCAGCUACCUUCACUGCGCUUCCAACUAACAAUGCUUCACGAGAUUCCACGUCGACAGCCGCUAGCUCCGUCAUGUUGUCAUCUAAUGUCUGGGUCGCCGUCGCCUCUGGAUCAGGCUCGACGGACCGUCUCAUCCUUUGGGACUCUAUCCCCGAUUUGUCGCAACUACCACCCGGCAAUUCGUUGAGCAGCAUAUCUCUGCUCGACAUUCAAUCCUCUGCUUGCUCUCCGCCGUGUUCGGGAGCCGGGAUAUGCUCGGCAUCGGGCACUUGCACCUGCCCCCCGGGCUUCACGGGCUCUUCCUGCGAGUCUUGUGCCUCCGGGUUUUUCGGUCCUCACUGUCAAGCGUGCCCAGCAGGUUGCACGUCGUGCGAAGACGGCAUCUCUGGGAGCGGUCUCUGCCUGACGCCUACCGUCAACAACCCACCAUCCUCGUGCAAUUGUGUGAAUGGUGUCUGUGGGUCGAACGGCCAGUGUGCGUGUAACGCUGGGUGGACUACUGCCUCGAAUGGCACGGCUUGCGCGCAGUGCGCUGACGGUUUCUUCCUCGACUCUAACGGGAAUUGCCAAGCGUGCCAGCUCGGUUGCACGCAAUGCGCUGACAGCACAGGUGACUGCAUCUCCUGCAAGUCUGGUUUCACCCAAAGUACCAAUGACCGCACCGCGUGUAUCGCACAGCAAUCGACUACUUCGUCUGGAACCGUUUGUCCAGAUGGCAGCUUCAGCAAUGGCACCGCCUGCACACCCUGUUCGUCUCUUUGUAGCACCUGCAAUGGCCCCACCUCGAACGACUGCAUCAUCUGCGGUGCAGGUCAAUACUCGCUGAACAGCAGCUGUGUCUCCGCGAACGGGAACGGCGUAUGCGAAGGCUCGAGCUUGAUUGCAGACAACAACAAGCACGAGUGUGACGCCUGUCCGGCGAAGUGCACGUCCUGCCAAAUCCCGAACUUCAAUGUCGCGUCAACUGUGAAUCAGUUACAGUGCACAGGGUGCUUGCCUGGGCUUGUGCUUUCGCAGGGACAAUGUGUUGAGAGCUGCCCCUCCGGAACGUUCCUUAGUCCUCAGGACAACCUGACCUGUACCACUUGCGAUUCCUCUUGCACUACAUGCGCCAGCUCAUCCACGUUCUGCUUGACCUGUGCUAAUAAUCAGCUGGCGUCGGGUGGCAAAUGCGUCUCGUCCUGCCCUUCCAACACAUUCAGCUCUUCCGGCUCUUGCGUUCCCUGCCAUCCCGACUGUGCCUCCUGUUCCGGAUCUGCGUUCAACCAAUGCUCGAGCUGCUCCUCCGAACUGCCCGUUCUGACGAAUGGGCGCUGUCUCCCGACGUGCAGCCAGGGCCAGUUCUUUGACACGACUUCGUCCUCCUGCCAAUCGUGCGACUCCAGCUGCUCAAGCUGUUCGGGUGCGGGUCCCAGCAACUGUCUCGCAUGCUCGAGCUCGAGUCAGGUUCUGCAAAGCGGCUCAUGUGUCCCUAUUACGUGUCAGGGCUCCAACUCUGUCGUCCCUGGGAUGGGCAUUUGCCUCUCGGACUUGGUCGAAGUCCCUACACCAUCGGGUACCAACUCCGCUGUACCACUGCCAACCAUCAGCGGCAUUGACACGCCUGUGUCUUCUACGCCACCAUCCACAGGGACGACUCGUCCUCUUGCUUGGUGGGAGAUUCUCCUCAUGGCGCUCGGCUGCGCCUUCAUCUUCCUCGUCAUCCUCAUACUCUGGCGGCGACAUGCGCGUAAGAAGCGCGCCAAGGCGACAGCCAUGUUUGCGAACGUGAAGCGGCUCGACCAGCCCAACAGCUGGCGGUGGCGACUCAUUCGCUUUGGCGAACGGCUCUUUGGGCACAAGCGCAACAGGGCGGUGCCCGUGCCGCCAUCCGAGCCCGAGCACGUCCGGAUGGAGAAGCUGCGAGAGGUGGAGGAGGCGCGCCGGGGUCGCGACAUGGACAAGGUUCUCGACGCGUACGACUAUUCGCGGGCGGGCUCGAGCCGUGGGCCGUCCCCGCUGCCAUCGCUGCGUGACUACGAACUUCGCGAUCGCACCGAGAAGCGAGCGAAGCAGCGGCUCUCCGAGGCCAGCCUCUCGAACGACUCACUCUAUUCACGCGCCACGGGCCACCCGCGCACGGGUCCCGAGCCGCGCCAGCCCGUGCGCACGAACCUUCGUGACCUGCUGCCGUCGCGCUUCUCAGCCACGACGAUAAGUCAGUCGUCGCCGGAGCCCAGUCCGCCGCCUGCCCCAGCCUUCGCGGAAGAGUCUCGGCCACCGACGCUUGCUCAGGAGUACGCGCAUUCGGUGACGCUGAACCUGCCUACAGAGUCGAGAGGCGAGUACUGGUUGCAGCCUGCAAACACAGGCAGCACGAACCCUUUCCGGAAAGAAGUCUAGGAUCUUGUACCACUCGGCUACUCACGGACCCACGGAUACUGUUAUUCUUCACGCCCCUGGCACCCACUUUCGUUUCUUCUGUAUAUCACACACGCGCACGCAGCCGUACACUGUUCACGGCAUCUGCAUUUACU